AUGGAAUUCCAGAUGGGCAAGAAUGUUCUUCUCAGGGUAUCACCCAUGAAGAGGGUGAUGAGAUUUGGUAAGAGGAUUAAGUUUAGUCCUCGCUAUAUUUAUCCCUUUGAGAUUCUUGAACGUGUAGGGCCGGUGGCAUAUAGAUUAGUGCUACCUCCAAAUUUGUUCGGUGGACAUUCCGUAUUUUAUGUGUCUAUGUUGAAGAGAUAUCACGAGGAUAGUGACUAUAUCAUUAAGUGGAACUCAAUAGUUCUAAACAAGUACCUCCAAUAUGAGGAGAAACCGCUUGUUGUUCUUGAUUGUGAUGUUCGGAAGUUCAGGACCAAAGAGAUUAAGUCCAUGAAAGUUCAAUGGAAGCAUCUUCUAGUUGAGGAAGCUACUUGGGAGACCGAGAAGGAUAUGUGA